CAUUCAGUCUCCGCGCAUCGAGGGCAAGAGUGCAGUGUUUUUUAUGGACCUCGAAAUGGGGAAAUUGACUUGCCCAAGAAGAACCAGUUAUGCCAGAUUUUAAAGUAGACUUACAAUUAACCGUAGUUCCGUUAACUUGAAAAGUAGACUGACAACUGAGUGCGUUUCAUUUUAGCUUGAGAUAUGCCUAGUUAUUGAAAUGUACAAUUCCUAUGGUAACAGUGAUGCUGAGAUGUGUCAUUUUAAAAUGUAUUCAAGACAAAAACCAAAGAUUACAAAGAUGAACAAACCAAAAACCUCUAUGCACAAUAACGGCAUUGCAACCUUUGGUUUUUGUUUGACAUUUUAAAGGGACAAAUAUGAGUCAUCACAUUGUUAGAUGGAAUUAACCACAUCUAAUCGUAGCAUGGCGCUGAUAGGUGGACACGGCGCAGUACGGAGGUCAGCAGGUUGCGGUGCUCGCGGACCACAAUGGUUUGGCGUAGGGAAUAUGUGUGUUGACAACGGAAACCAGCCAGACAGCAUGUUAGGUAGACAACACUCCGGAAUAUGCGAUGCAUGCUUGUAUGCGAAUAGAUGAAUAACGUUUAUAUUGGAUUGCCUGAAGAUUUCUUUGGAGAUAUUGUGUGCGUAGUUUCUUGUUGCUCUCUUGGCCUAGUAAAGGCACUUGACUUGAUCUGGUUAGAUCCCCAUUCACAGCACCUUUCGUAUUUCCUUGGAGCACGAAGAUUGCAGAAUAUUGGGAAUAUAUGAUGAAGUUUAAGCCCAACCAGACGAGGAUUUAUGAUGGUGAAGGUUUUAAGAGACGAGCGGCAUGUUUAUGCUUCAAGAAUGAAAAAGAGGAAGAGGUGUUGCUGGUGAGCAGCAGUCGGCACCCGGACCAGUGGAUUGUACCAGGAGGAGGGAUGGAGCCUGAGGAGGAGCCGUGUGGAGCUGCAGUCAGAGAGGUGUACGAAGAGGCUGGUGUAAAGGGAAAACUUGGCAGGCUACUGGGGGUUUUUGAGCACAACCAGGACAGGAAACACAGAACAUACGUCUAUGUCCUGACUGUGACAGAGACCUUGGAGGACUGGGAGGAUUCUGUCAACAUCGGUAGGAAACGGAAGUGGUUCAAUAUCGACGAGGCUAUCCGGGUGCUGCAAAGCCACAAGCCUGUCCACGCAGAGUACCUGCGCCGACUCACAGCCACUUGUAAUCCCACAUGCAGCUCCACCUGUUGCGGCCCCACCAAUGGCAACACCUGGGUGUUCCCCAUGACAGACGACAAUGCCCCUGACUACGUCAACUCCACCACAGGGGACAGAUAGAGGACCUUCCUCGGUCGACAGAUAGGACAGAUAGGAAUGCCGCCAUCAGAGGAACCAGCAUCGUAAGAGGACCUAGCCUAGGUGCCAGUCUGUUUCUGCUGUCCUACCAACUCCUUGUGGACUUGUCAUGUUUGGCUUGACAAUGACAGUAAUGGAGUAUGGCAAGAGCACAAACUGAUCUGGGACCAAGCCAAGGAGGACCCAGUGGGACUCUAGGGUGCAAGUACCCAGAAUAGACAUUUUGCAUGGAUUCCUUUCUGUGUUGAUUCUUAAUUUGUACAGUAUGAACUUUCUAAGUUAAAAGGAAUUCAUUAUUUUAUUAGGGGGCAUGAAGAGUGUGAAAAUGUGUCAAAUGGAUAUUCAAUAUUUUUCUUUGUAUAUUGUUUUUAUCAACUGUCAUCAGCCAAAUAAGGAUAUAUAUUAUUAAAACAAACUGGAUCUUAAAGCUCAUCUCUGUUAAUGAGAUCCAUUAGUCUAUCAGCUUUCUAAUAUUAGAAUGACGUCAACCUCUGUGAAAAGGUCCUUUGUUUCAAGUUAUUCUUACAAGUUUAUCUUACAUUUUGAUUAUAUAAGGUCAAAGACGACAGUCUAUGGUCAGAGUGCAGCAUUUUGGUGAACUGCUUUCUGCUUGAAGUAGCUCUGAUAGGCCAAUAGAGGGUAGUGUUACCUCUGGAAAGGCUUAUUUCCUUUAUGUCAAAACCCCAAAUGCUACUUAGUUUAGGGCAAAGGUAGGAAACAUUUGUCAGGGUGCCGGAACUAGGGCAAAGGUAGGAAACUUUUGUCAGGGUGCCGGAACUAGGGCAAAGGUAGGAAACUUUUGUCAGGGUGCCGGAACUAGGGCAAAGGUAGGAAACUUUUGUCAGGGUGCCGGAACUAGGGCAAAGGUAGGAAACUUUUGUCAGGGUGCCGGAACUAGGGCAAAGGUAGGAAACUUUUGUCAGGGUGCCGGAACUAGGGCAAAGGUAGGAAACUUUUGUCAGGGUGCCAGAACAUAAUUAUUUAGUAUUUAUUAGGACCCCACUUAGCUGCUGUUGAGGCAGUGUCUACUCUUCCUGGGGUCCAAACAGGAAACGACUCAAAUAAAAUGCAUAAUAUACAUACAAUACCUUCAGAAACUAUUCACACCCCCUCACUUUUUACACUUUUUUUGUUACACCCUGAAUUUAAAAUGAAUAAAAUAAAGGUUUUUGUCACUGGCCUACACACAAUACCACAUCAUUUCAAAGUGGAUUUAUUUUUACAAAUUAAUAAAAAAUGUGAAGCUGAA